UCCCCGUGCAGAGCGACCUUACAGCUCCGCACACAUCAUUCAGAGCUGCUCUCAGGCCGUGGGGGAGCGCACUAUACGGGACGGCGAAAAAAGUCAGAAGGGGUUCAUUUGGAUAUACACGCGGCGGUGUUUUGAUUAAAAAAAACCCACCCAACUGCACAUUGAACCGAGUUUGUUAUACACGGGAAGAAUUUCCCUUGAUAUGGGAUUUGUUUCGAAAAGUGCACGCGCGUAGUUGAAGGAUAUAACUCCAGUAUGCGGCAGUUUUGAAACAAAGGGGUCUGGAGCGCCGUUGUCUCAGUGGAUUGGGGCCCUCUCUGGAUGGGAAAGAUGGAAUCGGAGGGCCAGUGGUGGAAAAGCCAGCUUGCAGCGGACAUCCACCAGGCUCUGCGAAUUAAGGAGCUGAAGUUGCCAACGUACCAGGCCCAGUCUCCACAGAUUGGGAUGCGGCGGUAUUUUGCCGACCUGCUCGCUGUUCUCAGUAACCGGUACCAGCUGUGCCCCACGGCACGUCACCUGGCCGUCUACCUGCUCGACCUCUUUAUGGACCACUAUGAUGUAGCGGUGCGACAGCUGUAUGUCAUCGCCCUCUCCUGCCUCCUCCUGGCCAGUAAGUUUGAGGAGAAAGAGGACCGUGUGCCCAAACUGGAGCAGCUGAACACACUGGGCUUCAUGUGCAGUCUGAACCUCACCCUCAACAAACGUGACCUCCUCAAGAUGGAGCUGUUGCUGCUGGAGACGUUCGGAUGGAACCUGUGCAUGCCCACACCGGCCCAUUUCAUUGACUACUACCUCCACGCUGCUGUCCAGGAGGGGGACCUGCACAACGGCUGGCCCCUCUCCUCCAUGUCCAAGACCAAAGCCUUCAUGGACAAAUACACGCACUACUUCCUGGAGGUUUCGUUGCAAGAUCAUGCUUUCCUGAGCUUCAGGCCUUCUCAGGUGGCAGCUGCCUGCAUAGCUGCGUCCAGAAUCUGCCUGCAGAUCUCCCCCAGCUGGACCACCGUCCUCCACCUGCUCACGGGCUACUCCUGGGAUCAUCUGACGCAGUGCAUCCAGCUCAUGUUACUGGCUCACGACAACGAUGUAAAGGAGGCCAACAAAUCCAAAUCUUCCCCUUCCGCCAGUCAGAGCCUCCAGCCGCAAGCUCUCAUCCCCCACAGCCCCGCCACCCCGGCUCUGCAGAGGCAGCCCAUCUCCAGCUCCCAGCAACUGCUCCUCCAGGCCAGCAGAUACCCGCAGCUCCCCCAGCAUUCGCCGGCAUUAUCCCAGCUGCACAUGCUGGCUGACUGCCAGGUCCUGGGACCGGUGGGCUCUCGGGAAUAUCUGCAGCCCCACCAGGCCGGUCUGCUUUCGGCCUCAGUUCCGGCCAGCUCAUUCGCAUCUUUCCCAAGCUUGGCGUCGGGGCUACGAGGCUUGCCCCUCCAGGGUCCCAUCUCCAUGCAGGUGAGCGUGGUGCCCGAGCGCCACUGCCUCGGUCUGACUUACGGGAGUGGCUACUUGAGUUCCCACCACUCAUUCACAGCUGGCUGCUUCGACAGGUGACGCUAGGACAGGGAGGACAAACUCAACCUGGGGCUGCCGCUGUAUUAACUUGACAACUUUUGGGCAUUUUAUGAACUGAGGAUAUCUAUUUUUUAAGAUUUGUUUUAGCCAAGUGAGGGCCUUCUUCCAGUGCCUCAACAGAUAAGCUAGACUCUGGUUCUGUGUCGACCUCAAAAAAAGACUUGUGACUUGGGGAUCCUUUCUAAAGCACACAACCUUAAGAAGAGAAUCGUGGAGGUCCACAUUCCAUCCCACCAGCAUUUUCAAACGAGUCCUUGAACUUUCACACUGGAUUUACGGUCCUUUGAUGCUGCUGCCUUUUUAUAUGAAUUGAUGGCUUUACGACCAAGAAUCCUGUCUCCCUUCUGGUCUUGUUUACAGUGACCUGCCACUUUUCAGGGAUGUACAGCUCUCUUUAAUACUAACACACAACAUACCAUUGAACCAGCUGAUGUUUGUAUGAAGUACAAUCUUUUCCCUGCUGAAGGAACCCAUGCUUUACUAGUUCCUCCUCCCAGGGAAAAAGAGCCAUGAUCGCCAGAACCGUGUUCUGCUGUAUGCUAUGAAGACGACUUCAUUCUGCGAUACCUCUUCCCUUCAGACGUGGCUGCUGGCAAAGAUUACCUCACUGUCACGCUUUCAUUCCCAUUUACCUCGAAGGUCAUGCUAAUAACUAGUUUAACCUCACUGCUGGGGUUAGAAAAAUGGAUCUGCUGUUACAAUGUGCUUCAGCUGUAGUCGUGUCAACAUUUUAGUCCAGAUGUCUAGACUUUAAUAUUAGGUCCAAAAUAUUUUAUUAUUAUUAUUAUUGUAAACUAAAGAGAAGAUUAACCAAACAUGCUACAUUUUCUUUCCUUUUGUUUUUGUCCUUUUUUGUUGUUCAGAAGGUUCUUAGACUACACAUGAAUUAUAUAUGAUGACUGGCCUUAAGACCAAAGUGUCUGCUUUAUGUCCUGCUGAAUGAAGAGCUUUUUCAACCACUUUACUGGACUUUGAAUCAAAAUCUUUCUCCCUAUAGUCUUGAACUUUAAACUACCUCAGUAUGUUGCCAUUUACUUGCUGAUUCCGCAGGGCUCGUCUUUUCAUUUUCCAUUUCUUCUUGAUUGGUCAGAACAUUCAAAUGUUUUCUUUAUUUAAUUUUUUUUUGUGUUGAAGUCCCAUAUUUUGUGUAGGUAGAGAACUAUGUUCACUGUAACAGACACGCACUGUUUGAUAUUUCAAGCCAUUCUCUUGUUGAAGCCUCUGUGUGUGCAAUAUGUAAUCAUUAGUUUGUUAAUUUUUAGACUGUGUAUUUUUAUUUUGUACCACUACGUUUUUUUAUACAAUGUAGAAUUAGUUUUUCAUUGCUUCAAUUUUUUUUAACAAUCUAUUACUGCUUCCAUGCAGUGAUUUAUUUUUCCACCAAGAAAAUGUUGCACAUUGCAACCAAUGUCUCCUGAAUCUCUAGACAUGUAGUAGACUAGAGAACGUGGAUUCUGCUUAUUCGGUGAUCUAAUGGGUUUAUUUAAAAGCCUGUAUUUGGGUGGGGAAGGGACAACAGGUGUAAAUUGGAUGAAAACCCCAGAAAUAAAACGGAAAA